AUGUAUGUGGGAUAUAUACUGGAUAAGGACAGCAACAUGUAUCACCAGGGUCCCGUGAGGAGAUCCAGUAUCAAUCUCCCUCCACAGAACUUUGUCACGACCCCGCAAUACCCAGACUUUUCGGGAUACCACCAUGUGCCCAACAUGGAGACGCACACACAGUCUGCGGGGAACUGGGGACCAUCGUAUGGCGCGCCGAGGGAGGACUGGGGCGCGUACAGCCUGGGACCACCUAACGCUGUUCCAGCGCCGUUGAACAACUCGUCCCCGGGACAGGUCUCUUACUGCUCGCCUGAGUACAGCCACAUGCACGCCCCGAGCUCAGCCGUGUUACAACCGCCACCAGAGAACAUUAACGAUGCGCAACUUUCACCCGAAAGGCGCAAUUCGUACCAAUGGAUGAGUAAAACUGUGCAAUCGUCUUCCACUGGUAAAACGCGAACCAAGGAAAAGUACAGGGUGGUGUAUACCGACCACCAGCGUCUGGAGCUGGAGAAGGAGUUUCACUUCAACAGGUACAUCACCAUCCGGAGGAAGGCGGAGCUGGCGGCCAACCUGGGCUUGUCGGAACGACAGGUGAAAAUCUGGUUUCAAAAUCGCCGGGCCAAAGAAAGGAAAUUAAUCAAGAAGAAGAUGGGCCAGUCGUACGGCAGCGGGGGGUCGGUGCACAGCGACCCCGGCUCCGUGAGCCCCCUGACCGUCGCCGGGGCCCUCAGCCCCACUGAGAUCCACGCCUCUCUUUAUCCACCACAGGGUAUGAACACCUUGCCACCCAUCAGGAAUAUACAGUCUGGAUAG